GGGGAACUCUGUGAGUUUUGGGAUCCCUCUGGGACUGUGUGAGUUUUGGGAUGGCUGGGGGGGAUUCUGUGAUUUUGGGAUGGCUGGGGAGGCUCUGUGAGUUUUGGGAUGGCUGGGGGGGCUCUGUGAGUUUUGGGAUGGCUGGGUUUGGGUUCCCAGGGCUGUCCUUGCUGAGGGAUCUCCUCACCCCGCUGUCCCCACCCCAGCCAGGGCUGCAGCAGGAGCAGCUCUGGGCACUUGAAGCUGCUGAGCUGAGCAGAUCCUGCCCUCUCCAGCACAGAAUUCCCUGUGAGCCCACAGUGUUUACACAGCCAAAGGCAAUCCAUGGACACAAUCCUCUGGAACUUCCAGCCCCUGGGCAGGGCUGGGAUCAGCAGAGCCAGGGCAGCCACAGGAGCAGCAGUGAGGAGGCUGGGAAUCCUCAGGAGAUCCUCAGGGAUUCCUCAGGGGAUCCUCAGGGAUUCCUCACAGGAUUCCUCAGGGAUCCCUCAGGAGAUCCUCAGGAGAUUCUCAAGGAUUCCUCAGGAGAUUCUCAGGGAUCCCUCAGGAGAUCCUCAGGGGUUCCUCAGGGAUUCCUCAGGGGAUCCUCAAGGGUUCCUCAGGGAUUCCUCGUGGCCGUGGCAGGGAUGGAUUGGGAUGAGCUUUGGGCUCUCUCCAGACUGGUUCUGGAAUCAGCUGGGAUUUGGGAAUUGCCUUCAGCAGAGGCUGGGCUCGGCACUCACAGCUUUCCCAGCUCAGUUGUGCUUUGCCAGGAGGUUUUUCUGUGGAUAAAUGAUCAGGAUGUGCUGCAGCACACUGCCCUUGCCAUAUUCCAUGGUUUCCAUGCUGGCUCCACCGGCUUCCAGAGGCAUUUUCCUUUAAGUACCUUAUUUUUUUAUGAAGAAACUGUUUUGGGCUCAGCUGGGUUUGAGCAUCCCAAGGGCUGCUGCUGUUUGUUCGAACCAGGAACUCUUGGUGUUUAUAAAUCCUUUUUUUUAAUUUUUGAAGAUAUUACCUAA